AUGGCUGUCGAUGUACCUAGAUCUGUCGUCCAAAAGUUGAUGUUUUUCACCGCUGCCAUGGUCAUCUUGCCGGUAUUAUCAUUUUUUGUAGUACAGCAAAUGACCAGCAAUACGCUAGUUAGUGGCGGAUUGGCAGCUUUAGCGGCCAAUUUGGUUCUCAUAGCAUAUGUCGUAAUGGCAUUUAGCGAAGACUCGUCGGACUCAGCUAGCGAAGAGUCCGGCAAAGCUGGCACGAAAAAGACCGAUUAA